CACUUAAGUAAAGCACUCAGAUGCCGCUCACUUCAGUUGUGCAAACAAACGACAUACUUUUGGAACAGACGUUGCAGCCAAGUGGCGAUCCACCAAUCCAUAAGCUGGCGCAAUCAGUCUUUGCAGAGGUUCUGGCCGAAUUCAGUGGCUGGAAAAUCAAAUACUCCGAACAUGUCAUCCGCUCUCUGUCCCGCGGCACACGAAUUCCACGUGUUCCUAUAUCAGAAGGUGACAGUACACCUCUUCAUGCCGUCGGUAAGGUCGGUGAGGGCCUGGACAGAGACACGGAAAGGAGGAUUGCAGUGACUGCUUACUCAGAAGACGGAACUCCAAGUUCAACCUCCACGAUAUCACUUCAAGUAGUACAUGCCGAACUACUUGAGCCACACAAACCCUAUGAGUAUUGCUCUCCCAUCUCAAGGAAUAUUUUCAAGGGCGACGAUGAUGAUAUGAUGGCAUUCAUCCCAUACGCGGAUGAUCCGACUUUCGACCACGUAGAUCAUACACUGUGUUAUGGCUCAUUUGCGUGGCAGGAUAAUUAUGAUCCAGACUUAGAAGUUAUUUCCUUAGAGGCAGCCUACCGCCUUCAUACGGUCCACAGUCUACUGUAUCAUGACAUAGAUAGCACGGGAGUGCUUCCCUUCAAGCUUUUCUCAACUCCAGGAAAACCUGGACUGUUUACCCUGAGCCGUCGUCGUGAUUUGCUCAAAUGGGAAGGAACAACCAUCCCUUGUUCCUACACCUUCCCCCCUUCAUCGCUAUCUCACGGUAUUCUUCAACAUCGGCUUGAGCACACCCAUGCAUUGUUUUGUCCUAACCUCAACUGUAUCGAGCCCCUGUGCACUGUUCAUGUUCAAAUAAAUCCCAUGCCGACACUCCGUAAGCCAACUAUCCGGCUGUCCGAGCUGCUGAAACGUGUAGAACGCCCCUGCGAAGCUGGCUGCUUCUUGCAGACCAGGACGGUUGAGUUACUCCCUCGAUGGAGUGAAGACGACAUAAAUUCGUUCAAGACCAUCUUAGACAUUGAGUCAGAUAUGAUACCUUGUGACCAUGCUGAAUUAUGCUUUAAGCCUUGCCAUGAGGUCCUUUAUUAUCGCAGACUACUACAUCCAGAUUUUGACGAGCUUCAAACUGAGCGCCCGAAUGGGGAACACAGGGGGAAAUCGCGAUCGUUGGAAUUUCGAGAUUUUGACCCACUAAAGUUCACACCGAACGAACCUUGUCAUCACUCUGGGCCAUGUGACGUUUCAUCCAAAUGUCUUUGUUUCAAGAACAAGACUCAUUGCCAGCGGAACUGCCAUUGCCCCGCCAAAUGUACUCGGAGAUGGAAAGGUUGUCGCUGUGCAAAAGCACGCAACGGAAUGAGCUGCACGGAUUUUAAGCGAUGUCCUUGCACCGAAGCUCGACGCGAGUGUGAUCCGGAGCUUUGUGUAAAAUGCGGAUGUCGGUACCCGGAAACGAGUAUUUGCGGGAACUCCCAGAUUCAACAAGGUCAUUUCAAGAAACUGGAGGUCAAGGAAAGUCGUUGGGGCGCAGGUGUAUUCCUACUCGAGCCGGCCAAGCAGGGCGAUUUGAUCGAAGAAUACGUUGGGGAGCUUAUUUAUGAAAUGACAUUCGACAGCCGUGGAGAGGUGGCAGACCACCUCGGACGAAGUUAUGUCUUUGGUCUCAACAAAACUCUAUCCCUGGAUAGUUCGCGCACGGGCAACGUGUCGAGGUUCAUCAACCAUUCAGGCGUUAGCGAUGCCAGUAGCGAAACUCAGUAUAAUUGCCGCGCUUUUGCGCGCCUUGUGAAUGGGGAGCACCGUAUAGGGAUCUUUGCGAUCAAAAACAUUGACCCUGGAACCGAGAUCCUCAUUGAUUAUGGCCCGGCGUUCUUUACGGAGCAAAGGAAUGCAGAGGCCUCCUGCUCAAAUUAACAAACAACAGUUCAGAUCUAGCUUCGUACUAUAAAAUCUCUCAAGCAGCAUACUUAAUUCUGGUUCGACGCCGGGCAACCCUAUAGCGCCCUGGGCAAUAACUUAUACAUUACUCAAUCCUUCGAAAUUUUGAGGAAGCAAAUGUGUGAUAUCUUUGCGAGGACGGAACACAUCAUCGG